AUGGGGAAGCCGGCGAGGAAGGGCUGGGACCACAAGCGCUUCCUGAGGAACAACUGGCUGCUGCUCUCCACCGUGGCCGCGGUGGUGCUCGGCAUUGCCAUGGGAAUCUUGGUUCGAGAAUACAGCAAGCUCUCAAGUCUGGAGAAAUUCUACUUUGCUUUUCCUGGAGAAAUUCUAAUGAGGAUGCUGAAACUCAUCAUUUUGCCACUGAUUGUAUCCAGCAUGAUUUCAGGUGUUGCUGCACUGGAUUCCAAUGUAUCUGGAAAAAUUGGUCUGCGUGCUGUCUUGUAUUAUUUCUGUACCACUCUCAUUGCCGUAAUUCUAGGUAUUGUGCUGGUAGUGUGCAUCAAGCCUGGUGUCACCCAGAAGGUGUCUCAAAUAGAAAGGACAGGCAGCACCCCUGACGUCACCACAUUGGAUGCCAUGCUAGACCUGAUCAGGAAUAUGUUUCCUGAGAACAUUGUCCAAGCCUGUUUUCAACAGUACAAAACCACACGUGAAGAAGUGAGUUCUUCCAGUGAUCCAGAGACAAAUGUAACAGAACAGUCCUUCACAACCGUCAUGACAACCGCUGUUGCCAAGAAUAAAACAAAGGAAUACGAAAUCGUAGGCACGUAUUCAGAUGGCAUAAAUGUCCUUGGUUUAAUUGUCUUUUGCCUGGUCUUUGGACUUGUCAUUGGAAAAAUGGGAGAAAAGGGACAGAUUCUGGUGGAUUUCUUCAAUGCUUUGAGUGAUGCAACCAUGAAAAUAAUUCAGAUCGUUAUGUGUUACAUGCCUCUUGGUAUUUUGUUCCUGAUUGCCGGGAAGAUCAUAGAAGUUGAAGACUGGGACGUAUUCCGCAAGCUGGGCCUUUACAUGGCCACAGUCCUGAGUGGGCUUGCAAUCCACUCCAUUGUAAUUCUCCCACUGAUAUAUUUCAUAGUCGUACGAAAGAACCCUUUCCGGUUUGCCAUGGGAAUGGCCCAGGCUCUCCUAACAGCUCUCAUGAUCUCUUCCAGUUCAGCAACACUGCCUGUCACCUUCCGCUGUGCUGAAGAAAAGAACCAUGUGGACAAGAGAAUCACUAGAUUCGUAUUACCUGUUGGUGCUACAAUCAACAUGGAUGGGACUGCACUGUAUGAGGCAGUGGCAGCUGUGUUUAUUGCACAGUUGAAUGACAUGGACUUGACCAUUGGGCAGAUCAUCACUGUCAGUAUCACAGCCACAGCCGCUAGCAUUGGAGCUGCUGGUGUGCCCCAGGCUGGCCUGGUGACCAUGGUGAUCGUGCUGAGUGCCGUGGGCCUGCCCACCGAGGAUGUCACCCUGAUCAUCGCUGUCGACUGGCUCCUGGACAGGUUCAGGACCAUGGUCAACGUCCUCGGUGAUGCAUUCGGGACAGGCAUUGUGGAAAAACUCUCUAAGAAGGAGCUGGAGCAGAUGGAUGUUUCUUCUGAAGUCAACAUCGUGAACCCCUUUGCCUUGGAAUCCACCAUCCUUGAUAACGAAGACUCAGACACCAAAAAGUCUUAUGUCAAUGGAGGCUUUGCUGUAGACAAGUCCGACACCAUCUCGUUCACCCAGACCUCACAGUUCUAG